UAGGAAAACUGUCCGAUACUCUGAACUGACAGAAAAUCCGUGUAUGGCACAAGCCAGACAUUACUACCACAUUAGUUCCGACAAUAGCCAAUAUCGUCAUAGCCAUCAUCGUUGUUGCUCGUCGUGAUCGUCAUCAACAACUGCGUUCUAGUCGUCAUCCAAAACAGCGGCAAAGCCGCCAGCGACGCGAACCUGCGUCAGCGAUGCCCGACCAAUAUUGUGGAGCUAACAAGAUUUACUUCGCGCAGGCCUUCCCGUGUUGGAGCUAAUAGUUUGACACUCAGAAGCAAGAAUAUCAGUGCGCACAGCGCGGCGUGAAACACCCUCUGAACUGAGCAAUUUUUGCCACCGCCUAUAUACUACACAUAAAGAACAUUCGCUUGUAGAGAAAUUUUGUCAUUGUCUGUGUGCAUGUAUAUGUGUCUGCAGGUCUGCAUGCAAAAAUUGAGAAAGUAGCCAAAGAUCGCCAUUCGUGGAAGUCAACGAUUACCAUCACUGGUGCUGCUAUGUGGCUUCUCAACGCUACCACUUCAAUGUGCAAGGUCGUUGGAUUGACUAGCUAUAGUAUGCACUCGUAUUGUAAUCGCGGUCGUUCUAUUCUAUAUGUUAAUGUAAACAGCAGCAGCGGCACCACUAGCAGAUUCAAGAGCACCAUCUGGUGCUCAGUGAACUGAGGGGCAUUAUUGUAACGUGCUGUAAAUAACGGGUCUUCAUUGGGCAUCAUAGGUGAAUGAGUGCUUAGCGAGCGGGCUGUGGUGAUAAUGGCGUAAGGGCGUCUGCACUUUCGACGUCUUGUUUCGCGCGUAGUCGCUGGCACCAUCAACACCAUUGCUGACUGUUUACUGCAUUCAGUGAUGGUAUGUCUUGACAGACAUCCGGCAUGCGGUGCCGCUGUGCUGCGCUACUGGCCCGUAUCUGACCACACUGAUCCGACAGUGGAAAGAGCAAGAAAAGCGACGAACAGCUUGUGAACCAAGCAGAACCGUUGUUUGGUGUGUGUAUAACUAAUAUGUGCCAACUUUGAGGGCGCCGGAUCUUGGCAGGGUUCCAGUACCAGCAGUACCCAUACCUAUUAGACAAACCCCGCAACUGCUGGCCGUUACGUGAGCUGCUGAUCUAUUGUUACGAAGGGUGUUUCUGCCUCUGCUGCUUUAACGUGAACAUCUGACGUUUUGGUAUCGGUGGGUGCCGUUAAUACAACUAUUGCUAUCGGCCCUUAGUGGCUGGCAUUGUUGCCGCUCACUGAAAAAAAAACCGGUAAACAAGGAAAAACCAUCGCGCCAUAUUGAUAUUCAUUCGAAGCAGCGAAUCAGCGCAAGCGCUACUGCGAGUCACGACACCAUGAGUAUAGGGAUAGGGGAUCACUUCUGCAACUGGCGACAAAAUUAGAUCAUGACUAAUUGUGUUAGUAGUUGAAAUAUGUUAACCGUGUGUCUAAGCCUUGCCAAGCAGUGUUUUCUCUAAAUAGGAGUCAAAUGGAAUAAUACUUUUUGUCUUUAUGUGUGGGCCUACAUCUGUAGCGACAUCAUGAAAUCUCGGGGAAUUGCCGGUCUAGGUAUUAGCUGCGCGUUCUUUCUAGUUGCCUGCCUAUCACUAUUGGCAUAUCUCAAGAUACCAUCAUUUUUACAGCUGGCAGUCUCACGGUCUGGACUGAGCCCGGGAAGUUUUGCAGCAGACCUAUUUUCCGCUAUUCCGUUUGAUAUCCGCCAGAAUGUUUACAUGUUCAAUAUCACUAAUUCGGAGGACUUCUUUAAUGGCGCGAAGCCGCGUUUCAAACAGCUGGGACCCUAUAUAUUCAGGAUUGGCCUACGAAAGCAGAUGACGUGGUCGGAAGGCGAUUUACUUACGUUCAGAGAAAACAGGAAGUUCUGGUUUGACGCUGAUCUUUCUCAUGGACAUCUGAACGAUACCGUGUAUACGGUCGAUCCGAUCUACGCAAUGGCGCAGGAGGUAAUCGAUGAGCUGCCAGAAUUCCUGGAACGAUUGUUUCGGCCGCUGUUGAAGUCGCGGAAGGUUCUUUUCAAACACAGUGUCGACGAGCUUCUUUAUAACGGGUACAGUGAUUCCCUAGCAGAGCUGGCGCAUUUGAUAAAGCCUAAUCUUCCUGUGAUCGGUGGAAAGAUUGGUUACUUACGGGCGUUCAAUGACACCGAUGAUGGCGAUAUUACAGUAUUUGCUGGCACUAAUCCCUUCACGAAAGAUAAACGAAAUUUAAUCACCCAAUGGAAUCACAAGAAAACAAUUCCUUAUUACGGCGACGGGUGUAAUGGCAUCUGGGGAGCAAAUGCCGAGCUCUUCCCGUCGUUUUUGUCAUCGUCACCGCCUGCGCAGAUCGGCGUAUUCUUGCCCCUGCUGUGCAGGCCGUGGUCCCUACACUUCAAUGAAACACGACAAGAAAAUGGCAUUGAGCUAGCGAGAUUUGCCACUGGACUGGAUAUAUUUUCUCCAAGCAACAGUAGCCAGAUUGAGCAGUGCGCCCAGCCGGCAGGCUGGCCACGCGGUGUCUUCGACGUCCGGGCAUGUCAGCAUAGUUUCCCUGCACUGAUUAGCUUACCGCAUUUCUUGCAUAGCGAUGAGAAGAUUUUAGACGCCGUGGACGGACUAACGCCGAAUGUCACAGAACACGAUUUUCAUCUCGACAUCUUUCCGUUAUUGGGAAUUCCCGUUCGCCCUGCAAUCCGCGCCCAGAUAAACGUGCGAAUUUGGCGCCAUCUCGACACGUCUCAAUCGAAUAACCCACCAAUCGUUUACCCCGUCCUCUGGCAAGAAAUCGUGCUUUCAGAGUCUGCCAUCUCAUACCUUUCAACAAUGAUUUGGUAUAUCAUUCUACUGCCUGAGACCACUUUGCGGGUGAUUUUAAUGCUCCUUACGAUCCUGUCCGUCUCCCUUGCUGUGAGCUACGCGUAUACGUCCUUUAGUAAGGUGUCUGACGAAGAAACAGAAUCGAUCCUAGCAUCGGCUGAAGAUAGUGCAGCUUCUUCUUAAUACGCACAAUAGAUUCUUCGGGAUCAGCGUGCAGAAGCCACUCUUGUGGCCUAAAACAGCAUCUUGGAGAGUAUACACAAACGAAGACGUCACUUUAUCCUAAGUUAGCUGUCGACGAGUAUGCCAUGCCAAACGGCCGAGCUAACACCUUCAGGGAUGUAACAUUGAGUGAGAUUAUAGGUAGAUUACAUAGUUGCGAAGUGGUCGUCGAUUUUUGAACUGUCCAUAAUUUGUCCGAAAAAGUGACGUAAUCAGCCAUUAUUGAAUAUCAUCGAACUACAUCGAACACAAUAAUAUGUUUUUCACUAAAAACCAUGUAAUAUUUUUAAGUUAUUAUCUUUAAACAUAUCUGCUUUAAACAGUAAUGACAGAUGUGUCAAGCCGUUAAUUACGAACUCACGGCGGGCUCACGUAUGCACCUCUUAAAAAGGGCUUUUUGUUAGACGUUUUUAUCGAAGAACAACCAUUUGAAGUCGAGCAAAAGUUGUACAAAGUCUAUUACCUAUGCUUAUCUAGCCCUAUGGUUGAUCCCAGUACAAUUUAGAGUCACGGUAAAUUUAUCGUACUGAAAGCAUUUAGUUUAUAACUCUGAAUUAUAUAUAUAUAUGCUAACGCUGCGGGUGGGGGAGGGCAGCAGCUUAUGCUGUUAGGGGUACUGUGUAUAGUCAUUGAAGCCUUACACAGCUGGCUUGUAGUCAGCUAUACCCGACACUGAUACCGAGCUGAAAAACCUAUGAACAUUUCCCCAUAACAGGGAAUAAUUUUUUAAUGAAUAACAAAAGCCUGUACGAGCAUUGUAUUCUAAAGCUAAGCUGUAAAUAAAAAUCAAAUUGUGAUGUUUCAGUAGCACCAUAUUUAUUAUUUUACGGUCUAUGUGCAUGGUCUAUUAGUCUAUAUACAUGUACAAUACUUUGAGUGAAAUGGACACCACGAUCGAAGUAAUAAAAGAUGUGUUAUCUUAUUUUAACGCAAGUUUACAAAUAAAAGCGCCUGGCGCAUUUGAGGAUUCGAAUUCGAGUAAGACGAUUAAGUGACUGACUUCCAAAUCGCGAU